UUUAGUCUUGUGUCUCCACGGCGUCUUCCACCCCAAGUCACCAGGAGCAAGCUAUCAUUUGGCUUCUGCCACUUGUUUCUCCCGUUGUUCCUUGAAGCUCCCACCUCCAUCCAGCUCCAUCUCCGCCGGUACCUUGCUCCUCCACCAUCACCUCCAAGUCCAUCGAUCCCUUCUUUUCUCCACGGCAGCCGAGGGGUGCCUCCCAUCACAGUUGCCAUCACCUUCCAUUACUCGCCAUCGAUCCCUUCUCUUCUCCACAGCAGAGCUCAGAUGUAUUACUGCAGCAGUAUCAAACUCUAAUUAAACCCCAUCUGGUUCGCUCGGUGCGGUGGUCUGUUUUUGCCUGGGGAACUCGCUCAGCUUAAAAGGCGAGGAACAGGAGUCUACCUCAGAGAUUUAGCUGACAAGGCAGGCUGAUCAUGAACUUCGGAACGGGGGCAAUCAGUGCCCUCAUCCCCAAGCUUUGCGAGCUCCUAAAAGAUGAGUAUGACCUACAGAAGAGCGUGAAGGGAAGAAUCAAGUUCCUCAGGUCUGAGCUCGAGAGCAUGCAGGCUGCCCUCAAGAAGGUGUCCGGCAUACCUGCACAGCAGCUUGAUGAGAACACCAGACUUUGGGCCAGGGAUGUCCGGGAGCUGUCCUACGACAUCGAGGACAGUAUCGACAGAUUCCUAUUGCGUGUGGAGAGCACGAAGCCAGGGAAACCACACGGGAUCAAAGAGUUGGUUGAAAGGAUCUUCGGCUCACUUUCCAAUAUCAAGAGACGCCACAAAAUGGCCACCGACAUCAAGGACUUCGAGUGCCUCGUCAAGGUGGUGAAGGAACGGCACGACAGGUACAAUGUUAACAGCACUGUUGCUAGUCCUGUGGUAACACCUGUUGAUCCCCGCCUACACUCUCUUUACAAAAAGGUGACUGAGCUUAUUGGUAUCGACGAGACAAGUGCUGAGCUCAUAAACUUACUUAAUAAUGGGGAUGACAUGUCAAAGAAACACCUCAAGAUCGUCUCUGUUGUUGGAGUUGGGGGAUUAGGUAAGACAACUCUUGCCAAAGCAGUGUAUGAGAAGCUUAAAGUGGAAUUCGAGUGUUGUGCUUUUGUUUCGGUGGGUCAAUAUCCAGAUGUGAAGAAAGUUCUCAAGGAUAUUCUCCUUGAGCUUGACAAGGAAAAGUAUAAGGACAUCCACAACUUAAAAAGGGAUGAAAAACAACUGAUUGACUUGAUCUUGGAGUUCCUUGACAACAAGAGGUACUUUAUUGUUAUUGAUGACGUAUGGAGCAUUCAAUAUUGGGAAAUAAUCAGAUUGGCUUUGGUUGAAACCAACCUUGGAUGUAGAAUAAUCACAACUACUCGUAUAUUUGACGUUGCGAAAGGAGCUGGAGAUGUUUAUGAGCUACAUGCACUUUCUUAUGAAAACUCCAGAAAGUUAUUUUAUUCGAGGAUUAUAAGUGGUCAAGGAAUAUGUCGACAUGAUGAAAUGGAUGAUGUACAUGAGAAAAUAUUGAAGAAAUGUGGUGGCAUACCACUAGCUAUCAUUGCAAUGGCCAGUUUAUUGGCAGGUAAACAAAGGGAUCAAUGGUUUGAUGUGUAUGGUUCUAUAAGUUUCAGUCGUAAUGGUAACCUGCAUGUGGAGAACACUAUGAAGAUAUUGGCUUUCAGCUACUAUGACAUGCCUUUUCAUCUAAAAACAUGUUUACUGUACCUAAAUGUAUUUCCGGAAGACUAUAUUAUCGAUAAAGAUCGAUUGAUAUGGAUGUGGAUAGCUGAAGGUUUUGUCCAUGCGAAACAACAAGGAGCUGGUAAACAAUUUGAACUUGGAGAGGCAUACUUCAAUGAGCUCAUGAACAGAAGCAUGAUACAGCCACUGGAAAACAAAUUGGAGCAUGGUAUGAUACGUGGUUGUCGUCUUCAUGAUAUGGUGCUUGGUCUGAUCCGUUCUUUGUCAUGUGAAGAAAAUUUUGUUACUAUAUUUCACAAUGAGCAGAACGCUUUUUCAGAACGGCAAGUCCGCAGAUUAUCCUUCCAAAGGAGAACAGUAGGAAACAUCCCUAGGGUUGAGAUGGGAAUGCCACGCAUACGGUCACUUGUAGUGUAUUGGUGUAGUUCUUUUCAGGUGGUUCCACUGUCGAGGUUCACUGUUUUACGAGUGCUUGCUUUGGAGGAUUGCCCGGACAUUAAAGCCUCUCAUCUGAAGCAUCUUGGGGAUUUGCAUCAGUUGAGAUACCUGGGGUUAAAAGAUACGGGUAUUUCUUGUUAGAAUGUAAUUGGGCUCGUGGGCCUGUCCACCGUGACUCCCCACCUAGCCUAUAUAUGUAAACUGACUAUGCCUGAGUAAUACAUCGAGUA